AUAAAUAAGACAGACUCACACGAGCAGCUCAACAGUGUCUUUCUUUCUCUUUAGCGUUUAAUACCCGAGGUAACAUGGGAGAGCCCCAGAACAGACGUCAGGCGGGCUCGCGCUGCGCGGGCUGCGGGCUUCUGAUCCGGGACCGCUUCCUGCUGCGCGUGCACCCUGACCUGGAGUGGCACGCGCGCUGUCUCAGGUGCGCGCACUGCCGCCGGGCUCUGGACGGGUCCUGCUUCCUCCGAGACGGGAAGACCUUCUGCAAGGAGCACCACGGCGGCGAGUGUGCUAGAUGCCACAAAUCCUUGAGCGGUGAGGAGCACGUGAUGAGGACGGGGCCGGCUGUGUUUCACGUGCGGUGUUUCCACUGCGAGGCCUGCGGUCGGCCCCUGCUCCCCGGGGAUCAGUACGUCCUGCGGGACGCUCGGCCGCUCUGUCCCGACCACGCUCCGUCCGCGGGGAGGUCGGCUCGCGUCCGGACGGUGCUCGGCGAGGCUCAGCUCCGCGCGCUCCAGACCUGUUACAGCGCUAACCCCCGGCCGGACGCCCUCGAGAAGGAGACCCUGGCCCAGAUGACCGGCCUCAGCCCGAGGGUCAUCCGCGUCUGGUUCCAGAACAAGAGGUGCAAGGAUAAGAAGAGAGCUCUGAUGAUGAGGAGCGCGUGCUGAAGGCUGUCCGCUCUUCUCUUGUUCUCCGGAGGUUUCUGGACGCUGACGGACCGAAGGAACCCACUUCAUUCUGCAGAAAGAUCCCACCAGAAGCCGGUGACUAAGACGACCUGAGCGGCUCGCUGGCAGACGUCUCCCGCAGCGGCUGAUCUGAGGAUACUGGGAAUAUUAGUCCACUUUAAAUAGCAGAUCUCUAUUUUAGGAUGUAACUUUUUAGCUUUUACUCUUCAGAAAUCAUUCUAAUAAACAUCAUAAAUGCAUUUAAUGUGACUUUGAAGAAAAAAAAUUAAAAAAAUAAACAAAUCUAGUAAUUCCAAUACUUUUGAUAGAUAGUAUAUAUUACUAGAAUCUGUGUUUUUCUGCUAGAAUGAACUGAUUUAGUAUUUUAUUCCUCAUCAUAUGUACCUCUAAAUGGUUUCUGAACCUGUGUGUGUGUGUGUGUGUGUGUGAGUGAGUGUGUGUGUGUGUGUGUGUGUGUGUGUGUCUGUGUGUGUGUGUCUGUGUGUGUGUGUGAGUGUGUGUGUGUGUGU